UGUCAUGUGUGGUCGCUGUAAUGCUCGCUUUGCUUCUGAUUUUCGUAACUUUGCUUGUACGCGCGUCGCCAGUCAAUGGGACUGAUCGUUUUGAACAUUUCUUGUUUAACAAAACAAACUGAUUCAAAUAAUAAUAAAAAAUAAAUGAAAUCUUAAAUAAAACCAAUAGAAAACACAAAAUAAAAGUCGAAUGUGUCGUAGAUAUGUGAAAGUGACAGUCGUUUAAUAUCGAAUUCUUUUUUUUUUGUGAAUAACAAUGUUAAUUCGCAUAGUUUCAAGUACCGCCACAUAAACAUUGUGAAGCAAAUGUUAUUAUGUGCGAUUGGGGAUCAUUAUGUUCGAAGUGGGAUAAACUAUACGAGUUUGUGAAUAUCAAUUAGAAUGCAAGACGAGUGUUUGGAGGAUUCGUCGAGGAACUUUGAGCGGCGGCGGCCUACGAAGGUGUUGAAGAUAGCAGAGAGUUUUACAAACUUGGAUGAGACUGCUAAGUCCGGACGAUUCCUGCGUGGCCCUCAUUCGAGGACCGGAAGACGUUAUCUGGAGAACGGUGGUAGGAAUAGGCGCGGGUGUUGUGAUGAUGAUUGUGCGGAGUCAAGUGCUAGUGAUGGUGAAAAACUUGGUGAUCGAAGAGUCACGGGCUCGUCGUGCACGGCCCUUCGGACUGCUGUAGCUGCUCUAUAUCCAUUUGACGACUUCAUCUUGGAGAAAAUCGGAUCAGGAUUUUUCUCAGAAGUUUUUAAAGUGACACACAAGACGUCCGGCAAAGUGAUGGUGCUGAAGAUGAACCAACAGCGGGCGAACCGGCCCAACAUGCUGCGGGAAGUUCAACUGAUGAACAAACUGAAACAUCCUAAUAUUUUAGGAUUCAUGGGCGUCUGCGUCCACGAGGGCCAGCUGCACGCGCUCACCGAGUUCAUGGAGGGAGGCUCCCUCGAGCAGGUGAUCCUGAGCCGGCCGCCGGAGCCGCUGCCGCAGCCGCUGCGGGUGUCGCUCGCGGCCGACAUGGCCGAGGGCAUGAUGUACCUGCACUCGCUGGGCGUGUUCCAUAGAGACCUUACUGCUAAGAACGUAUUAUUAAGAAAGAAUCCUGAUGGUGAAUAUACAGCUGUAGUAGCGGAUUUCGGUUUGGCAGCUAAAAUACCUCAUCCAAUGAACGGCUACCGACUGCCGAGCGUCGGUUCGCCGUGGUGGAUGUCGCCCGAGUGCCUGCGCGGCCGCUGGUACGACCACCGGUCCGAUAUAUUCUCAUACGGGAUCAUACUGUGUCAACUUAUCGCCAGAGUGGACGCCGACCCGGACGUGCUGCCGCGCACGGACAACUUCGGCCUCAACUACAUGGCGUUCGUGGAGCUGUGCGACGAGCACACCGUCCCCGACUUCCUGAGGCUCGCCUUCAAUUGUUGCAUUUACGAGCCCAAGGCGCGGCCGCUAUUCCCGGACAUAGUGAGCAAGCUGGCCGAGAUCAAGGAGGGGCUCGACGACGCCGCCUGGGGCUGCCACACGCCCAACACCACCUACGACAGCGAAGAGGCGGAGUCGUCUGGCGGGCGGUCUUGCAGCGCGGCGUCCGCCUGGCGCCGCCCGCUGCGCAUGCGCUCCGAGAGCGCGCACACGCACCGCGACCAUCGCAGCGCGGCGCACCGGCGCUCGCUGUCGGAGCUGGAGUGGGCGUGGCGCGCGGCGGGCGGCGGCGCGGGCGCGGCGGGCGCGGCGCACCGCUCCGCCUGCGCGCUGCCGCCCGCGCCGCCCGCGCCGCCCAAGCUGGCGCGCCUGCACCGCCUGGCGCACAUCAUGCUGCUGCGCGACACGCACGCGGCGCCGCGCCCCGCCAACCGCGCGCUGCACUCGUUCCGCGGCGUGCACAAGAUCCUGGAGCCGGCGCCGCACCGCUGCUCCAGCGGCGACCCGCCCGUGCUGUUCGCGCCCGACGCCGACGAGCCGCGCUCCUCCUCGCUGCCGCCCUCGCCCGUGUUCUCGCGCCGCGCGCCCGACCUGGACAAGAGCGACUCGGUCGAGCUGCGCCGCCGCGGCUCCUGCGAGAGCGGCAUCUUCUCGGUCGCCAACGAGGACUUCUGCGGCCACCCGAGCUACGGCGCCAUGUGCCCGUGCUCGCUGAUGGGCUGCCCGCGCUGCUGGUGGUGGCGGCGCGACGGCGACGACGCGGAGCGCUCGCUCGACGAGUUCGACGAGCGGCCGCGCCUGCGCGCCUGCACGGACUGCCUCGUGGGCUACGAGCGGCUGCUGCGGCGCCGCCCGCCGCCGCCGGACGACUCGGCGCCCUCCACCGCCGUCAGCUCGCUGCGCAGCCUCGACGACGAGGAGGGCAAGGAGGACGCGUCGCCCUUCCUGUGCGGGCUGCUGGACGGCGAGGCGGAGAGCGAGCGCGAGUACCACGUGCUGACGCGCUGCUGCUGCGCGGGCCGCUGCGCCGACGGCUGCGGCGCGCACCGCCCGCUGGCGCCCGACGAGCUGCGCCGCGUGCUGCCGCGCGGCCUCAGCUUCCCCUCGCCGCUGCUCUCCGCCUGCAAGCGCACCUCCAGCGUCUACACCGACAGCUCGGAGGACGUCGCGUCGCUCGGCUCCGACAGCCUCUACGACGACCGGAUACCGCGCCACGUGCGCUCCGCCCAGAUAUCCAAGAUCGUCGAGUAUUUCGAGCGGAAGGGCGCCGACUUCAAGUGCGACAAGUUCAAGGGGCAGCGGCUGAAGAUGGGCGGCCUCGGCGGCAAGAUGGACGCGCGCAUGGAGGCGCUGGGCGAGGAGGGGUGCGGGCGCAAGUGCGCGGCGCAGCGCCUGCAGGUGUGCGAGGGCGCCGUGCGCUCCAAGCUGCCGCUGUUCGACAAGAAGUCGUAGCGCCGGGGCGCCGGGGCGCCGGGGCGCCGCCUCGCCUCUGUCUCGUGUCAAAUUCGUGUGACUUCCAAUAGUAGCGUAUGACAGAAUUUUAAAAUUAUUUAUAUUCGCAAAAUAUUAUAUACAACUGAAAGAGCGAUAUUAUAUGAUCGGUAUACACGUUGUUGUGCAGUAUUUCCGAGGCUAGCGCCGAUUUAUACGCUAAUGUUUAGAGUUUAGAGACGAUAUUUUGAGUGUUGUGAGCGCGUUCCGUGCUGGGUGGCGUGAGCACUGUGCGUGUGCGCCGCGGGGCUGUCGGGCGAUGAACGAGUCGGACUCGGCCGGCCGUCGCAGAGGCCUACACCUUUUUGGGGACUUAGUGAAAAAUAAUAUGUGAAAACGUCGAUGUGGUUAUAUCCCGGGAUGUGUAUUUUUCUUACUUAAUUAACGGAGGCGGGUGGGCGCCGUGUAAAUAAUUAUUUAGAUUAAUUCCGGUUAAUAAUUUAUAUACAGAUAAUAAUUUAAUUUAUGUAUACAGUAUUACGUUAUUACUUGCCAGUUCAUAUUAGGUGUAUAUAUGUUUAAAAUCCAUAAGUUAUUUCCUUUAUUUUUCAUAAUAAUAUUCGAAAGUGGCAACAUCGAAGCGCUUACGUAGAAUUUUAUUUUCUAUUUUGUCUGAAGCUUACGUUUACAAAAUUUUCAUAGAAAUUUAUACUUAUUUCGUUUGCUUUUGCGGCCUCCGAUCCGAGGUUGAGUGAAUUCGUCCUAAAAAUUUAUGAACAAAAUUAUUUAUACAUCAGUGUCGCGUGCCUAGUCUUAUACAGCGCGUCACUUAGUCCAACUUUAGUGAAUAUAUAUAGUUUAAUCGCACUUAGGCAUAGAUAGGGGAGAAAAAAUUGGUUUAUUACUAGCAAAUAAUUUAUUUUUUCUUUCGAUGCGCGUCUACAGAGUUCUGACGAUACGAACUAACUAUAUAUAACUAUAUCAUCUUAUCCUUUAACUAUAUAUUUAAAUCCAUUUAUAUAUAUAUAUCAUGUACAAAUUUGUGUCAAAUCAUAAAAGCCAAUCAAUCGAACAACUUGACGGAGAUUUAGAAUAAAUAAAUAAUUGUGUAAGAUCCGUUGAUUUGAUUAUUUGACACCUUUUUGAGGUGCAAUAUAUAAUUUUUUUUAUUUGAACCGAUGAGAACAAUCUAUAAAUCGUCGAAAAUAAUCACCGUCAAGUAUAAUAAGAGUAGUUAUAAAAAAUUAUCUUAGAAUAUAAAAGAUCAUUGUAACCGAUUGAAAACAUAUUUUUGUCAUAAUCAUUAUCGUCAGGGUAUUUGGAAAAUGUAAAUAUUGUAUAUUAAAUUAUAUUACAGAAAUAUCCCGAACGGACGUGUUUAGAAUUUAGUGCCAAAACAUAUUUCCUAAAUAUAUAUAUAUCCAGAAUAUAUGCAUAUAAUCCACCUUCGUUGGAACCAGGCGGGGUUUUAAGUAUCAUUUUAUGAAAACCCCACACAUUUCUUAGUACGACCAUUUCAGUCAGAUAAUAUUUUUCUCUUUCUAUCGCUCAGAAAAAGCCAAUGCCAGAGCAAGACGGAUAUCUCGCAAGCAUUCUGUCCUUGUCAAGCUAACCUUCUCGCUCUUGCAAACAUUUCUCUUUGGAACAUAGAAGGAUAAAAAUAAAUAAAAGGGUGCUGCAAAUUUUGGUUUUCAUUCACCACUAAAAUAACAUAACCUUCUUUCAAAUCUUUUGAUGUUUCAAUACCAUGUUUGACUUUAAUUAUGUGGACGGUAUAGAACAUUAAAUGUGUGUAACAUAGACAUGACUUAAUAUCCCGAUUGGAUCAACAUUUCCUACUAUUGUAAAUCCUUCGAUUAGCUGUUUGUUGUUUUCUAUGAUUUUACUUUUAAAUGUUCACAUUUUAUCUGGUUUCUUUGUGCUAGAAUAUUAUCCGUCCAGAUGAUAAUUAAUGAUAUUUUGUUUGUGAGGAUGGUUGAAUUUACGCGGGUGUGAUGUGAAAUAGAAUCUAUUAAAACACCAAUAAAGUCGACUUUCCUUCGUAACAUUUUUUUUUUUGCUUUACGCGUAAUCUCAACUAUCCUUAACAACAUAUUUAUCGUUUGUUAUAUUUCACAUUUCAAUUUCACAUCGUCAAUUAAAAUCAUCGUAAAACAUAGUUAAUGUUUGUGAACCUAUAUUUUUACAUAUGUUUCAUUUACUGUUAUUUCAUAGUUUCUUGUGUUGCCAUUUACAUACACCAUAAAUCGUUAAUUCAACAUACAGUGUGUAAAUGCAGAGAAAUGCUGUUUUUUCAAUAAUAUUAUAAUGUUCUGUUUAAGACUGGUUAUAAUUACUAUUCACGGUUCAUUUGAUAUUUAUAGAAAUGUACCUGUUUAAAACAACAUCAUAAAACGUGUAAUAGACAACUGUAAACUGUUUUUUUUUUAAUGAUUUUCUUGAACUGAUGUACUGUUAGGAAUCAAUUGAAAAGAUAAGUCAUUAUUUUAAAUAGGAAUGACUUUUAAUUAUGUAAAUCGAUAAGUAUAAAGUUUGGAAAAAUGGACGUUUGCCUUUCGCAAUAUAAGGCAGCUACUUUCUGAUUGACAAUAAUUUUUAGCAAUGUAAUAUCCGUACAUAGAAAACUUUCGAAAUGUUUUGAAAACUUGCGCAUGGAUUAUUACUCCUUUAAGACGGUUGAUUUUUGUGAAGAAUAGACUGAGAAACUAUCCUCUUUUCGAGUGAUAUUAACGAUUGUUAAUUUUUUAUGUUUGUAUACUUAACACCUAUAAAUGUUUUGAAUGGGAUUAGGCUUCAAUUGAAAUUUUUAUAAUGCGAGACAGACAACACUCGUUUGUCCUUCCCCUUCUCCUUUUAUAAUCUAAGUUGCAUAAAAGGGGGAGAAAUUUUUUCUCUCCUUCACACUCAAUUUUGGAAGAUUUACUCAGUCUAUUCAAGACAUGUAUAAACAAUCAAAAAGAUGUUAAGAACCUAUAGAAUAUAAAUUCUAAUGGAACAUUUCACUGUUCGCAUGAUUAGAGCACUGGAAGAAAAAAUCUGAAUGAUCCCAUUUAAAAAUAAAGUAAAUCCGUGUGCAGUCAUACUAUGAUCGUUAGUGUUCUGCUUUUAGAACCUUACUAUUGAUUUUUUUUUUCAAUUCAAAUUUUAAAGUGUAUGUGAAAGUAUAUGAAUGUGUUCUUAUGUUAACACCAUAACGUAAUAUUUACUUUACAUCCUAACUUAAAUUUGGUAUGCAAACAGAUUGGCCUAAAUAUCAUAUAGGAUUUUUUCUGACGCCACAUGCAACCACAGACUUUUUCUCCCAGUUCCCUCACAGGGAUGCCGAUGGAAUGUUCUCGCUAAUUGUUUAGACUUGCGUCAUCCGUGUCUUACUCGAACGCAGUACUUAACAUAACGUGGUUAAACUAUAAUUCGCCACUACAAUGUUACAAAGCAUAUCAGUUUCAAGAGUGUCAACUCUAGUUAUUUUUGUAGGGAAUCUAGUUUUAAAUACACGGCCUAUGAUGUGAUUUAUAACACUCCCAGUUUCUUUUGAUCAUUUGCUAUUGAAUGAGACAUUAUAAUUAAGAACCCUUACAAAAGUGGUUGUUCAAAAAAUCGAUCAAAAAUGGUUGUUUAUGAUUCAUUUUGGGACGAUUAUCAGAUGCAAUUGGGAGUGUUAUAUUGAAUCCCAUUUGACGUGGCUCGUGUGAACUUUAGUUAUAUUGUAUAUUAUAGUUAACGUUCCUUGUUUAAGGCACUAACUUUUACUUAGAACAUUUCGUUACGGUUGUGUCAAGCCCGGGUUUGCAAUAGUUAUACAUAGUUGAGCCAAUGAGGCAGAUGAUGGAUAAUUUGUAAAAGGUGGUAAUAAAUAUAUUUUGUUUCAA